GCGGAGCGAGUGCCGGGAGCCCACAGUAAGCUCGGGCAGCCUCCUCAUCUGCCCGCCUCAUCUCACACCCUUUCGCGCCGCCAGCAUCUCACUGCCGGGCCGGGAGAGGCUGCUAUUACCCUGUCGUUACAGUUUGUUUGUACCUUUCGACGGAUAUCAUCAUCACCUUGCGAUUGAUAACGUUUUUAGGAUUCUCAAGUCGCUGUUUGGUGUAUUUAUAUACAAGGAGAGAAAAGGGAAGCAAGAAAGAGGAGAGAGAGAUGGGUCUCGUCGAAAAGCAUCGGGGCCACGGUGGAGGGUGAUGGUAGUGUUGAAUCGUGUCAUUAAUAAGGAUAACGAUAAGCCUGGUAUCCCUUACUUUGUGUUGUAGUGAAUUAAUUUACAGGAGAGUAUUUUUUUCUGGUGACUUUAGCGGGUAACAAUGUCGCUUGUUGAUGGAUCUACGAUUUGUCCUGACCAUUAAAUGCUCUUCUCUUCACGAUGAUCUUGCAACGAUAAAGGAAAAUUCUGCAAAGACGUUAAGGAAAAAGUAAGAUUUCCUAGAGUAAAGCGGGAAAAUGGAAAGAGGGGAAGGACAAGAACAAAAAGCAAUGGUUGAAGAGAAGAGAGAGGAGCGGGGAGAGAAGGAAACGAAGGAGGAAAAAGAGGAGGAAGAGGAGAAGUCGGAUGAAAAGAAGGGAGAGGAAAAAAAUAUAGAAAAUCAGGGGGAGAAGAAAUGUGACGAAAUGAUGAACGAGGAGGAGGAGGAGAAACACGAACUGAAAAAGAAAGAACAGGAAGAGAAGCGAGAGAAAGAGACACGCCUCUCCCUUCCCGACGCCGCUUGCCAAGGGCGUCACGACGGUCCCCAAGAGGAGCCGAAGCCCCGAGGGAAGGGGGCGCCGGAGGAGGACCUGGCUCCUCCCGACGGCGGCUGGGGCUGGGUGGUCACCGUCGGAGCUUUCAUUAUCAUGAACCUGCUGCCGAUGAUCCCGCCCUGCUUCGGCAUCCUCUUCUCCCGCUUCCUGCUGGACCUCCGCACGACGUCCACCACCACGGCGUGGAUCUUUAGCACCUUCUGCUUCGUGUGGAAUCUGUUUGCCUUGGUGUGCCGCCCUCUGACCCGGGAGUUCGGCUGGCGCCCCGUCGCCCUCUACGGCAUCCUCUCCACCGCCCUCGCCCUCGUCAUCUCGGCCUUCGCGCCCUCGGCUGAGUUCCUCCUGUUCUCCUUCGCGCUUCUGGCGGGUUCGGGCUGCGGCAUGGUGGUGUGCAUCUGCUUCUGCAUCGUGCCCUUGUACUUCGACCGUCGCCGCGGGCAGGCCAAUGCGAUCAUGAUGGCAGGCGCUGGCCUCGGGCAGAUCACCGGACCUCCACUGAUUGAGUUCCUUCAGGAGGAGCUCGGCUACAAGGGCGCGUCCCUGAUCAUGGGGGCGGUGGUGCUGCAUGGCUGCAUCGGGGCCUCGCUCUUCCACCCCAUUUCGUGGCACCAGAAGAGGCGUCCGGAGGCGAAGGGAGACGCGGAGGAGCCCUUGCUUGCCACACGGGCGAGGACUCUUCCCGGUGGCGUCUCGGGAGCCCCAUCGAUGGAGAGCCUCGGUGGAGACUCAGAGUAUAAGAAAGCAGGUAACAGCAUCCCGGUGAAGAAGGCACUGCCGUUGGGUCCCUGUCGCCGACGCGGCAGCUACAUCUCUCGAAACUCUCUGGUAUCGGUCGGAGGAUCUUCUCUUGCCCUUUCGUCCAUGGAUCUCCCUGGCAUCGGCGCUCUGACCCCAGCUGCUGCAGAAGGCGAGGAGGAUGCCCCUCUGGACACUGACACCCACUGCUUCCUCCUGAAGAUCCUCGGGCGGGUGUGGCGGUCCACCCUGGCGGACCUGGGAGUCCUCCGUUCCCCCGAGGCCGUCAUCAUAGCGGUGUCCUUCUCCCUCUGCGUCAACGGCUACAUCACCUUCGUCAUGAUGGUGCCCUUUGCCAUGGAGGCCGAGGGCUUCACGCUGCAGGACUCCGCGAUCUCCAUUUCCAUCUCGGCGGUGUGCAAUUUCCUGCUGAGGAUCACAGCGUCCUUCCUCUCCGACUGGCACCGAUUCAACGUCAGGCACUGUUACCGGGCGGCCGUGCUCCUGAUAUCUCUGAGCACGUUUGCCUUCCCUCUGGCGACGGAGCUCGUGUGGAUGAAGGUAGCGAUGGGCGCGUGGGGCGCGGGCGUGGGCGCCAAGAUGAGCCUCUACAACCUAGUCAUCAUCAACGUCGUGGGGAUUGACCGGCUGCCGGCCAUGAUCGGGUCGACGGGCCUCACCACCGCCGUCGGGUUCAUCGUCAUCGGCCCGCUCAUUGGCGUGGUGCGUGACAAGACCGGAAGCUACCUAAUUAGCAUGUGGGUGUUGGCAGCACUGACGUUGUUUAGCUUCUGUCUGUGGUUGGUCUUUCCCGCGCCCGGAGGUAAUCAGACAGCCAAUCGGGAAUCAACGGAAGUCGUCAAACAGUAAAAAAAAAAAUAAUAAUAAUAAAAAAAAAAAAAAAAAAAUCUGUUGUUUGUAUAUAUUUGUUGUGUUUGUACUGAAGAAUUUUGAAAUAUAAGUUGGAUAUGUU